AUGGAUAUUUUUUGUUGGAACAUUAGAGGUUUCAAUUGUAAAACAAAGCGUCGCGGAGUUAGGAAAUGGCUUAAGCUACAAAAGCCUAUUUUUGGUGGUCUCAUUGAGACCCACGUCAGCUCGGUGAAUGCUCCAAAGAUCAUCAAUGGGAUCUUUCCGGGAUGGCGAUAUGAUUGUAAUUAUGAGUUCUCGGAACUAGGGAAAAUUUGGCUGCUCUGGCACCCUUCAGUUUCUGUUUCAGUGUCUCACAAAUCUCUCCAGUCUAUAUCCUGUCUGGUGAAGUUACCUUUUGUGACUACUGAACUAGCAGUAACUCUGGUCUACGGAUCAAAUCAUAGGAAGAACAUGAAGCAUCUAUGGUCGGAUCUUAUCUUCUUAGCCUCGUCUCCUCAGAUUUCAAAUCGCCCAUGGGCAAUCCUAGGAGACUUGAAUCAAACUCUCUAUGCUGAUGAAGACUCAAAUGCGGAUCACUUUUCUUCUACCCGUGGUAUGCGUGAAUUCUCUCAGUGUGUAAUUGAUGCUGGGAUCCAAGAUCUUCAGUUCUGUGGUUCAUCCUUCACUUGGUCCAACAAUCAAGGACCAGGAAUUAUCUCAAAGAAGUUAGACAGAAUAAUGGUAAAUGACGAGUGGCUUGCGACUUUUCCAAAUGCUUUGGGAGUUUUCGGAGAGCCGGGAAUCUCGGAUCACAGUCCAUGCUGUAUCUUCCUGGAUGUGGGGAAGCAGAAGAUAAAACGGCCGUUCAAGUUCUUUACCAUGCUAAAUGAUCAUCCAGACUUUGCGAUUUUGAUCUCUGAAUGCUGGAACUCUCUAAACUUCUCAGGAUCCAAAAUGCUAACUGUCUCGAAGAAGCUCAAGCACCUCAAAAGUAUAAUCCGAGAGUUCAGUCGCCAUAACUUCUAUGGAAUUGAAAAGAGAGUCACUGAGGCUUUCGAUCACUUGCUCUAUUGCCAACGGGAACUCUUAGCGUCACCAACCUUGGCUACUUCCACCAGGGAACGUGAAGCUCACUCCAAAUGGUUUUCUCUCGCAAAGGCUGAGGAAUCCUUCUUCUUCCAAAGAUCUCGAGUAAAUUGGGUCGAUGUUGGUGACUCGAACACUCAGUACUACCAUCGAUCGCUAAAGUCUCGCCAAGCACUUAACCAAAUCAUCUUUCUUGUUGAUGAUAAUGAUAACAUCAUUGACUCGAAUGAGGAAAUUCAACAGCAUGUUCUGUAG